AUGUGUACUGAAUACAAAGCAUUCAUGUGGGUCGAAAAAAGGUCAGAAGGUGGUCUUAACCCAGGCAGGUUUCAACUCUGUUGGGGAUUGGGAAAUAACAAAGUGACACCAUUUCACUCUACACCAGGACUUAAAUCCAACCUUUACGUUACAGAGACCAGUUACACCAAACCAGAUUUCGGUUUUUUUGACUCAGGUUUUCCUAAAAAAAUAUUGCAAGAAGGUGCUCAAGUCGUGGCACAGACAGUGUUACGUGGUUGGCGUUUCAAUAAAAUGUGUCAACUUGCACUCUCACAAGGUUCUGACGAAAUAAGCCAUUAUAUAGUCCAACAAGAAUACAAGAUAAUCUUUCAUCAGUUUGAAUUGAUUACUUGUCCACUGCAAUUCACUGUCAAACGAGAUCAGACUUUAGUUUCUCAACAUUAA